AUGUCUCUGUAUACUCAUGAAAUUGAGCUGUCUGGCGCAGUUGUUUGUAGAAUAGUAAUGGCUCAUCUGCAUAACAAUGACCUCGAGUACGUUGUUGAUGAGGAUUACGACUCCGAUGUCGAAGAGGAACCGCAGCUUCAGAAGAGGGACGAGAUGGAGUCUCUGGACUCCGACUUUGAAGACGAUUUGGAGUUUAACAAGUCCAGCACUGACACAACUGCUGUAGAGUUCAGGAACGGUAAGGAUAUACAAGGAAUUCCAUGGGAGAGGCUCAAUUACACUAGGGACAAGUACAGGGAGACGAGAUUGAAGCAGUACAAGAACUACGAGAACCUCUCUCCCUCUCAAGAGCAGAUCAAUAAGCUGAGGAAUCUGUUGUGGGCUACAUCGAAGCAUGAUAUCUACCUAGUGGGAGACUAUUCCGUGAUGCAUUGGUCUGUCUUGCUAAGAAAAGGGAAAGAAGUCCUCAAUGUGGCCAAACCAGUGGUUCCGACCUUGAAACGUCCAGGGUUGUUCACACAAUCACUUUCCCGAGUGAAAAUAAGCUCUAUGGCUGUAAAAGACAACAUAUUGGUGGCCGGUGGCUUUCAAGGAGAGCUUAUAUUCAAGUAUCUUGAUCAUCCUGGAGCUGCAUUCUGCACCAAGCUGACAUCAAAUGAAAAUGCCAUCACCAAUGCGAUGGAUAUCUACAACAGCCCCAGCGGCUCAAUGAGGAUUAUGGCAGCAAAUAAUGAUGCAAAGAUUAGAGUUUUCGAUGCCGUGAGUUUUGCCUGCACAAACCAGUUCUCCUUUGAUUGGUCCGUAAAUAGCACAUCAGCUAGCCCUGACGGGAAGCUGGUAGCGGUCCUUGGCGAUAGCGUAGAGUGCUUGCUUGCUGAUUCGCAGUCUGGGAAGGUAGCUGCUACCCUCAAAGGACACUUGGACUAUUCCUUCUCUCCAGCAUGGCAUCCGGAUGGCCGGAUUUUGGCUACGGGCAACCAGGACACCACAUGCAGGCUAUGGGAUAUCAGUAAUCCUUCCACAUCUCUGGCUGUGCUGAAAGGAAACAUGGGGGCCAUAAGGGGACUAAAGUUCACGUCUGACGGGCGGUUUCUGGCAAUGCAAGAGCCUGCUGAUUUCGUGCACGUGUUUGAUGUGGAAUCUGGGUAUGUGAAGUGCCAGGAGAUUAAUCUGUUUGGGGAGAUCGUCGGGAUAUCGUUCAGCCCGGAUUCGGAGCCUUUGUUUGUUGGUGUAGCAGAUCGUACGUACGGCAGCGUGUUGGAGUUUAGUAGAAGGCAUUACGACUGCUGCUUGGACUCCUUUUUUUACUAG